UUAGAAUUUAAUCAAACCUGAAUGUAUAAAUUUACUUGUUUGUGUAUAACUGUUACAAGUCCUUAGUAUAAAGAGAUGAUGUGCCUAUGAUUUGUUUUCAUUUUGACAUCUAUUGCCGUUACUCAGCUAGGCCGACAAACCUGUAUUAUUUGUUAUACUGCCAUGUCAUAAGUUUUCUCUCUGCAUGUCCGAUCCUCAAACAACUGUUUGUAUCUUUUGUAUGUCAAAACUACUGCAAGAUAUAUUUUUGAACUAUCACUGUAAGGGCGUUUAGAUUGGUGAAUUGGCCAGCUGGAAUGUAACAAUUAAUCUAGCUAGCUCUACACACAAUAUUAUGUACAUUUGUAUUAAGGUAUGCAUUAUCACAGAGUCAAUGAUUGACAUUUACAAGGGAAUUUAUAACCAGACUAUUGUAUUUCAUGCUCUUUAUCGUAAAUUUGUUUAAAAGGAUCAAUGUUUUUUGGAGUGAACAGGAAAUUAUGGCCACCUCUGAUACAACCGAUGCCCUCCAAGACAAGAGGACCAUGCCUUUGUUUACUAAUGGACUGUACAAGAAUCCAUGGACAACAUGGGAAGAGCCAACACUCCUAAAAGUUCUGUACGGAAUGAUGAUCAAGGAAAAAGACUUCAGUAAAAUCCCAUGUAAAAAACAAGAACUAGAUGAACAUUUACCCGUCCAAAAACCUGAUUUUGACGGAUUGACAAAUCCAUCCAACUCAGGUGUCCAAGCUACAUGGAUUGGCCAUGCUAGUGUGUUGGUCCAGCUGGAUGGCAUUACUGUAUUGACUGACCCCAUCUUCAGUGACCGCAGCUCCAUGUUUCAAUGGAUUGGACCAAAGCGAUACCGCCCUCCACCUUGUCAAAUUAAUGAGCUGCCAGUCUUGGACGCUGUAGUGAUAAGUCACAAUCACUAUGAUCACCUUGACCACGGAUCAGUGGUCAGUCUGAACAGAAAAUUUGGGGACAGGUUGUGGUGGUAUGUUCCCAUGGGAACAAAGCAAUGGAUGCUUGAUUCUGGAUGUAGAAAUGUUGUGGAGCUGACAUGGUGGCAGGAGCACAAACAUUCUCCUGACCCAAACAUAACAUUCGCUCUGACUCCAGCACAACACUGGUGUAAACGUACAGCUACAGACACCAACAAGGCUUUGUGGGGAAGCUGGGUCAUUAAAGGGCCUCGGCACACAUUCUUCUUUGCUGGUGACACAGGAUACUGUGAGGGUUUUAAACAAAUAGGAGAUGAGUAUGGUCCCUUUGAUCUGGCUGCCAUACCUAUCGGGGCAUAUUCACCAAGGUCAGUGAUGAAAGCCCAGCAUGUAGACCCAGCAGAGGCAGUACUAAUCCACAAGGAUAUCAAGUCCAGGAAUUCUCUUGGAAUCCACUGGGGUACCUUCAAACUGACGUAUGAGUUCUAUCUGGAACCAAAGACAAAACUAGCUGAAGAACUGAGAAAGUCUGCCUUGCCAGAGGACUGUUUUGUAACUAUAAAACAUGGAGAAACCAGAAUAUUUGGGGAGUGACCUAGCAUCACUCUGUGUGGAGAAUACCACUGGUUUCUGGCCUGGAGUGACUAAGCAUCACUCUGUGUGGAGAAUACCACUGGUUUCUGUACUGGAGUGACUAAACAUCACUCUGUGUGGAGAAUACCACUGGUUUCUGGCCUGGAGUGACUAAGCAUCACUCUGUGUGGAGAAUACCACUGGUUUCUGUACUGGAGUGACUAAGCAUCACUCUGUGUGGAGAAUACCACCAGUUUCUGGCCUGGAGUGACUAAGCAUCACUCUGUGUGGAGAAUACCACUGGUUUCUGUGUUGAGUGACCUAGCAUCACUCUGUAUAGAGAAUACCACCAGUUUCUGGCCUGGAGUGACUAAGCAUCAAACUGUAUGGAGAAUACCACCAGUUUCUGUACUGGAGUGACUUAGCAUCAAUCUGUAUGGAGAAUACCACUGGUUUCUGUACUGGAGUGACCUAGCAUCGAUCUGUAUGGAGAAUACCACUGGUUUCUGUACUGGAGUGACCUAGCAUCACUCUGUGUGGAGAAUACCACUGGUUUCUGUACUGGAGUGACUUAGCAUCACACUGUAUGGAGAAUACCACUGGUUUCUGUACUGGAGUGACCUAGCAUCUCUCUGUGUGGAGAAUACCACUGGUUUAUGUACUGGAGUGACCUAGCAUCUCUCUGUAUGGAGAAUACCACUGGUUUCUGUACUGGAGUGACUUAGCAUCACUCUGUAUGGAGAAUACCACUGGUUUCUGUACUGGAGUGACCUAGCAUCACUCUGUAUGGAGAAUACCACUGGUUUCUGUACUGGAGUGACUUAGCAUCACACUGUAUGGAGAAUACCACUGGUUUCUGUACUGGAGUGACCUAGCAUCAAUCUGUAUGGAGAAUACCACUGGUUUCUGUACUGGAGUGACUUAGCAUCACUCUGUAUGGAGAAUACCACUGGUUUCUGUACUGGAGUGACUUAGCAUCGAUCUGUAUGGAGAAUACCACUGGUUUCUGUGUUGAGUGACCUAGCAUCACUCUGUAUGGAGAAUACCACUGGUUUCUGUACUGGAGUGACUUAGCAUCACUCUGUAUGGAGAAUACCACUGGUUUCUGUACUGGAGUGACCUAGCAUCACUCUGUGUGGAGAAUACCACUGGUUUCUGUGUUGAGUGACUUAGCAUUACUCUGUAUGGAGAAUACCACUGGUUUCUAGCCUUGAGUGACUUAGCAUCAAUCUGUGUGGAGAAUACCACUGGUUUCUGUACUGGAGUGACUUAGCAUCAAUCUGUAUGGAGAAUACCACUGGUUUCUGUACUGGAGUGACCUAGCAUCGAUCUGUAUGGAGAAUACCACUGGUUUCUGUACUGGAGUGACUUAGCAUCGAUCUGUAUGGAGAAUACCACUGGUUUCUGUACUGGAGUGACCUAGCAUCUCUUUGUGUGGAGAAUACCACUGGUUUCUGUACUGGAGUGACCUAGCAUCACUCUGUAUAGAGAAUACCACCAGUUUCUGUACUGGAGUGACUUAGCAUCAAUCUGUAUGGAGAAUACCACUGGUUUCUGUACUGGAGUGACCUAGCAUCGAUCUGUAUGGAGAAUACCACUGGUUUCUGUACUGGAGUGACCUAGCAUCGAUCUGUAUGGAGAAUACCACUGGUUUCUGUACUGGAGUGACCUAGCAUCGAUCUGUGUGGAGAAUACCACUGGUUUCUUCGCUUAUCAGCAUUAACACUGUAGUGUCACCUUCAGCUGAAACAAUGAUAAUCAAAGACUGUGAUAUAGAACCAAAGCUGCCCUGUCAUUGAUCUUUGCUUAAUUUUACAUUUUCUGAUUGUAGUUUUGUUUUAUGCGGAAACAUUUUGUUUUAUAUGAUUCAAAAGUCUUCAUUCAAAUCUAUAUUUUGUUGAUAUUUGUCCCUUGUUUAAUUGAUUUGUGUUGGGAGUGUGGUAUUGUUACUUUGUCAGUGUUUUCUUUGUUUGUAUUAGAUGGACAGAGAGCAAGUUAAACAUUAAUAAUUAACAGCUCUAAAAAAACUUUAUCUGAUGAAUUUAACAAAGUUUUAUUUAUACAUUUUUAGUGUGUUAGAUAUAUAUGUGAUAUUAUGUUUGUGAUAUAACACAUGAUUAACUUAUCCCUGUAAAGUGUAAACUUUAUUUAUUUUACAACAAUUGAGGAACCUGUUAUAUCAGAUUAUAGAAGAGCACAAGGGAUCUUACUGUAGGGGGAAACCGGAGUACUGUAUCUGUAGAAACCCAACAUGGUCUGGCAGGUUACUCAAUUCCUUUUCACGUUCGAUUUAGGAAUUAAAUCUCGGCCACCUAGGUGAAAAUCAAGUGUGUUACCACUGUGCCAACCAGCCACCUACUUUUGUCUUGUAGUCCAAUGUGAUAAUUGAAAGAACAAGACCCAUUUGUUCAAGUUAAGAUAAGCUUAUUGUGUGAUUAAUGUAACUGUUUAUAAUGUAAUUACUAAAUAAAUGUUUAAAUAGUAAUAGAUUUGGCCAGGUGGUUAAUACUCUGGCCAUCCACACAGUCAGCAGAGAUUCAAUUCAGAUGUUAGUUAGUAUUGCAAGGAGUUUUGAGAUAAAGUAUUUAUUAUUCAUGCCUAUUUUAACCUGAGUGAAGUGUACAAUAUUAUUAGAUGGUUGUUAUAAGCCCUGUCACCUUGCCCAAAGAACUGGUGAGCCUAUGUAAUAGAUCGGCAUCUGCCGUCCGUCUGUCAUUUAAAUAACUACUAGUCAUAAAGUACUGAAUAGAUUUUAAGCAAAUUUGGUCAAAAACAUCAUUGAGGUAAGGGGAACAGUUUUUUGCAUAAAUGGUGACCUUACCCUCAUGGGGCCAGAGGGACAGGGCCCAACAGGGGAAAUAGGGGCAAGUCCUUUAAAUCACUACUUGUCACAAAGUAUUGAAUGGAUUUGAACAAAAUUUGGUCACAAACAUCCUUAGGGAAAGGGGAACAGACUUUACCUAAAUGGUGACUCUGACUCCCCUGGGGCCAGAAGGGCCAAUGGGUGAAAUAGAGGUGAGUCCUUUUAAUCGCUUCUUGUACUUUUGAAACUUUUGAGAUCCCCACGCCAUAACUAUAUAUAGCAUUGCUGGGCACCAAGAGAUAAACACAACCCUGUUAUCAAAAUGGGCCUGGGGUCUUUCACCACCCUUAAAGUCUUAGUUUCUUUGAUAUAUCUUUGAAACCGUUGAGAUCCCCACCCUAUAACCAUAUAUAACAUUGUAGGUAUAAAGAGAUAAACACAGUCAUAAUAUACAAAUAGGCCCUGGGGUAUUUCCCCACCCUUAGGGUUUCAGUUUCGUGUUAUAUUUUCGAAAUCGUGAUCCCCACCCCAUAACCAUAUGAAGCAUUGUUCGACAUCAAAAAAUAAGAUACAUGUAUUAACAAAUUUAACAUGAAUAUUAUUUUGAUGUUUGGUCAAAUUUAGUCCAACCAGGUGAGCAAUACAAGCCCUCUGGGACUCUGUUUAAUUUUGGAGACAAUCUGUGCAAUCUUUUGGAUUUUGUUUUAUCGGUAGUUGCUGAUGGAAAAUGGAAAAUAAGUGACAGAUACUACACCCACCCACCCCCCAACAAAAUUUAAGCUAUGUCUGACCAAACAUUUACUAGAGUUUUUGUUUUCCUUUUUAACUUCUCUGUCUGUAUAGGGCAGGACAGCUCAUGUCAUGUUGCCGCAUCCAUCCUUCAUGCAUUGAUCUUUUUCCUUUUAAUAUCCUAACCUUAUAUCAAUAAUCAAGAGGCCAAAGCCAUCAUAUUAGAGUGUGGUAGCUUCCUGGGUUAAAAUGUAACAGAGUGUGACAAUGGAAAGAAUAACCUUGAUCCAUAGUCAAGGUCACAGGGUUCGAAUUUGUCAAAACUCUCAAACAAUUUCUUAUAACGCAUAAGGGCUAGAAUCGUGAUUUUUGAGUAGUAGAUAAAUCCCGGUGAGUUGGAAACAGGUUACCUACUUUUAAUUAACUGGAAGGCCAAAAUUCAUCUUAAAAGUGAAAAUCAGGCAAGCAGCACUGCAGGUCCAUUGGGCCUCUUUUUGUUUUGUUUCUUUUUUUCAAGACAAUGAUAUUAACUUUUUUGAAAGGUUAUUUUGUGAUGAAUUUCAGCAUUACUGUAAAUGUUCUCUUUGUUUAAAUGUAAUAUUUUGAUAUUUUUUACAUUAAUUUUGUCAGUGAUGUUUGUGAUGCUGCUGUCAGUUUGCCAAUUGUUAACAUGCAGUAAAUAAUAAUAAAUUUUAGCUAAAUUAAAUAUUAUACAAA